AGAUACAUUUGUGUUUCAGAAGCUCAAGAAGAAAAGCGAGACUGAGAGACAUGGCGGUUCAAUCUAGAUGGAUUAAAAUGGCUGUGCCUUUUAUACUCAUACUGCAGUUUACAGGAGCACCAAGUGGAGAUCUUUCACUCUCCUUCACUGUCAGAGAUGGCGAUAAUGUCACUUUGCCUUGUAAAAACGUGAUCAACAAUCAUCACAACUGUGACACUACCACCUGGCUCUUCACUGAUUCAAGAGGCACACCAGCAGUAGAGCUGGUUAAUCUUGGACAAAUCAAAGAAAAAGCCAACUCAGACAGACUGAGUGUUACAGCAGAAUGCUCACUGGUUAUAAAGAAGGUCACAGCUGAGGAUGUUGGUCAUUACACCUGCAGACAGUUUAGAGGCAAUCCAGGGAAACAGCAAGGUCCAGAUGCUGUGGUUUACCUGUCUGUUGUUAGCAUGACUGAACACAAGAAAGCUGAUGAGGUGACUUUAAACUGCUCUGUGUGGACAUAUGAACGGUGCAAACACAAAGUGAAGUGGAUCCAUAUCAGUGAAGCUCUGGAUAGAGAUUACUCAAAUUUAAAAACAUUGGAGUCUUCCUGCUCUGCUACUGUGACUUUUCUGAAUGAUGCAUACACUCAUAUAUCAACUUGUGACUUUAACUGUAGCGUAACAACAGAAGGAAAAAAAGAGCAGCUUUUUACCUUCAGCGCUCAGUCAUCAGGUAAAGAAGCAGUAACAGCAAAAUUAUCAACAACAACAUCAGCAACAACAACAUCAGCAACAACAUUAUACGCACCUAGUAUCCCAGGUGCAGAUCAGGUGUGGCCGUACAUCCUUGUGGUUGUCAUUUUAGUUGCAGUUUUAAUUGUGGCUGUGAAACUAAUCUGUUUGAAGAGACUCAAAGGGAACAAAAUAGAAGCAAAUGGAAAUGCUGGCCUGACCUCAAACCCUGCAGUCACUAAGUGUGCACCAGAAACCAGCCAGGAAACAGUGGAUCCAGAAGAUGGUGUUUCCUACGCCUCCAUCACCUAUGCCAACAAGACCCACAAUAAAAACAAAAUUCGGGGUAAAAAUGACAGUGAUGAAGGUGAGACAGUUACCUACGCCACUGUUAAAGCUUCCUCCACGGAUGCCAGCAGCCUCUAUGCUACCAUCAAGUAAAGAAAAAGAGAACUUAAACAUCAGAUUGCUGCUUCUGUGAAAAAGCUUCUCAUCUUUAAGAAAAUUGGGUUUCCUCAAUUUAAAAAGAGGAAGCAACAACUCAGCUGUGUGAGUCCCUGUAAAUUGGCAGUAAUUUAUGAAAACGGAUUUAAAAAAAAAAAGAUAUUAACGUGUAUAAUGAUAUAACCGUUUUGUCUUAUUUCCGUUAAUAUUUAAAGGGGAAAUUAAAUGGAAUCAUGGGUUGGGUCAGGGAUAUAAGACUUACUAGAACAGAAUAAAUAAUGUUGCAUGGAGGACAUUUAGGAAUGCAGUGCAGGAGGACAUGCAGGGGAUUGGUGUGACAGAAGAGGAUGCUUGGGAUGGGGCGAGAUGAUUAA